CUGUCUACAUAUAUAUAUCCUCCGAUCCGGAAACUUCACCGGACACGUAAAGUGGUUGAGAAUGGCGGCGGCGGCGGAGAAACCGGUUAUGGUGGUUGCGGUUGACGAUAGCGAACAUAGCUUCUAUGCUCUGGGAUGGACUUUAGAUCACUUCUUCACCGGCCCCGUGUCGACUUUCAGGCUCGUCCUCGUCCACGCCAAGCCUUCUCCGGCUAACGCCGUCAGCCUCGCCGGGCCCGGCGCUGCUGAUAUCUUGCCACAUGUGGAUUCGGACUUGAAGAAGAUUGCUGCGCGGGUUAUUGAACGGGCCAAGGAAAUCUGCGCCUCUAAAUCGGUUGAUGACCCCAUGUUCGAGAUCAUGGAAGGGGAUGCCAGGAAUGUCCUCUGCGAAACUGUGGAGAAACACCAUGCCUCUAUCUUGGUUGUCGGCAGCCAUGGCUAUGGAGCUAUCAAGAGGGCUGUUCUGGGCAGUGUAAGCGACUACUGCGCUCAUCAUGCUCACUGCACUGUCAUGAUCGUGAAGAAGCCAAAGCACAAAACCUAAUUAGUUGCAGACAUCAUAUGAGUCCAUAAUUUCUGUUCCAGAUUACAUAAACCAUUGUCUCUCUGUCUGUCUAUCUAUGUGAAUUGCUUGGUGUAUGUAUCAAUCAAUAUAAUGCCUUGAUGCAAUAUGCAACAAUAUAUAAACUCAUAUUAUCAAUCUUAUUCGCAUUCUCA